GCUGUCUCAGUCUCAAACCAAUUGAUGUGAACUUUAUGAAGGCCCUGGAUCAGAAGGUCAACAUUGUGCCUGUGCUGGCUAAAGCAGACAGCCUCACUCCAAAAGAGAUCUGCAAUAUGAAGGCAAAGAUUUUGACUGAAAUUGACAAAUUCAAAAUCAAGAUCUUCCAGGUCCAAGAGUGUGAUCCGGAAAAUGAAGAUCUCUUCAAGCAGCAAACUGUAGAGAUAAAGAGAAGUAUACCCUUUGCUGUAAUUGGUAGUAAUACAGUAGCAGAGAGAAACGGCAGGAGAGUUCGAGCCCGUGUCUAUCCAUGGGGUAUUGUAGAAGUUGAGAAUCCAUCUCAGAGUGAUUUUGUGCAUCUGAGGAACAUGUCGAUCCGCAAAGACAUGCAGGACCUGAUACAUACAGUACAACCCACUAUCUGUUGUAUGAGGACUAUCGUAUAAAUUGCCUGUGCAGGAACUCAUUAUUGGUAUAAAAAGGCAACUUAUUUAUCUUUUAGCAUUGAGAAAAUUUCAUGACAUUGUUA